GGCUGGUGAGGCUCACUUGUCCACCUGAGUCUCAAGUCAACAAAUAUGGCGAGGAACAGCUAGUUAAUAUCCUUCAUGUACCGAUUUAAUGACCCUAUAACGCACUCAACACUACAUUAAGAGUGAGAGUUGUGAACUCUUGGAACAAUCUGCCGGAGAGCGCUGUGACGGCACCGACCGUGAGUUCUUUUAAGACCCAGACUUGACUAACACUGGAGCAGGUUCAGAUAUAUUCAGGAUCCAGCGCAUGCCCAGUACUUGCCAACAGUGCGUAACAGACGUGACCGACCGCCCAAGAAGCUAACGAGCUGAUUAGUAGCAAAGAGGAUAAAGAACCACAGAACUCGCAGGUCGUGAAUUUCUCAAAACCUCUGUACUGUAUUGAGUAGGAUCAGUGGGAAGAUGGCUUCAUGGUGGCCAGGAUGGAGCUGAAAGUGUGGGUAGAGGGUAUUCAGCGCAUUGUGUGUGGGGUCACAGACACCACCACCUGUCAGGAUGUGGUGUAUGCGCUGGCCCACGCCACUGGCAAAACCGGUCGCUUCACUCUCAUUGAGCGGUGGCGUAAUAAUGAACGCCUUCUAGCGCCCAAUGAGUACCCACUGAAGAUUCUUAUGAAAUGGGGAGAAUACUCCAAUGAUGUUCAGUUUAUCCUUCAACGAUCAGCCCUUGAUCCUAAGACACCUAAUGGCCCAACUGGCCUUAGACCAGGUCUACCCCAGAGGGUGGAGCCCCCCAGCAGGCCAUCAGUUCCCCAGGGCCCGCAGGCUUCACAUGACCGACCUAGACAAUCUCCUCACAUACACAAAGACUUGAAAAAAUCUCUGACCUUCAGCGGUGGUCACGCUGAGCUCCGGCGACAAGAAGUGGGUUCCCCGACCCAGUCUAUUGCUGGACCACCCAUUUUGCAGGCUGUACAAACUCAGUCUGGUUCUCGUCAUACAGACCUUGUUUACCCUACCCCACCUGUGACACACUGGGAGGGGCAGGGAUGGACAGGUGAAGGCAGCAGGACAGAUCAACAACCUGCAGGAGUCACUUGGAGACCACCUGCUCCUCCGCCCUACGAGGUGGUUCGAGGUAAUCCUCCUCCACCUCCCUCAUCCAGAGUUGGAGUAGACAAUGUUCGGGCCACCACUAGUCACUGGAGCACACCUCGGUCUGGUCCUCAUUCACCUCCAGCAUCAUCUCAUCAAUCAAAUUCAGCCGCCAUCCAUCACUCACCCAGCAGACCACCCCCAACCACUGAGCCACCGUACACUACUAAUAGAAGAGACCAGCGAGCCGACUCUCAGUCUUUAGCGAGGACAGAGCCUGUUUACAGCGAUGGUAGACGAGCCCCAUACCCAGGCUACACGCAUCAGGGUAAUAUUGGGCUACCCACUGGUUCCCAAUAUGCCUCACGUGGUCCACCUCCUAGUCAAAUUUCUCCCAUGUAUAAUGGUCCACCUCCUCCAAAGCCACCACACAUUACAGGACCAAGAGAGCUCCCCCCUUAUCGUCAUCCACCGCCGCCGUCAUCUUCCCCAAACAAAGUCACCCCAACUCAUGGAUCCCCGAGGAAGAUUGUAAUAGUGUCUCAGCCAGCACCUAUGACACAGAUGUCACCCACCAAACAACCUCCACCAACAUCAGCAACACAAGUGCCACAUUCUACAAGCAAAGUGCCUAAUCCACAUCAAGUCACCGCCUCGCCACAUUCUUCACCCGUACGUCAUCCCUCUCCGACCCGCCGUCCGUCACCAACCCGCCAUCCCUCUCCGACGCGUCAUUAUACGGUCAACUCGCCAAACAUUAAUUCUACCAAUCCACUCAGUAAUGUUAAGAGUGGAAGGUCGAGCAGUCCUGUAAAAAAUGUCCCAGUAAGACAUCCCAACUUUGAAGACCCACCAGGCUGUGCCAACCAUGAUAAAGGCACAUCUAGACCAUCAGAUGAGGACCCAAAUUGCAGGCAGGGAGAAACCAGUUCUAGAAAGGACGAUGGUGCAAAAAGUGAUAUGACAAGAGAGGUGUCUCAGUCAGACGCUGCAAAUAACAGUGUUGGAAAAGGUAACUCAGACACACAACUUAAAAUAAACCAACACAGAGGAAGUGUGGACAGAUUGGCUCUGGAAGGAGGGACCGUCCCUGGUCGACGUGGUGCUAGUGAAGAACCUCCAGCCAACAACGAGGUCACACAUCCAAGUAGCAGCGAACGGCUAAACACCUCCUUAGACGCGACAAUCUCCAACCACUGUGUCAAGUCACCUCACACCCGCCGAAGUCCUGCUAAGGAGUCCCCUAAAGCUGGUAAUGAUGGCGGGAGAACGAACCACAGCAGUAAGAUGGAGCAGGUGGUGGUUGAUGGCAAGUACAGAGACCUUGUUAAACUGAUCAACCUUCAACGUGAGAGACUAAAUAACCAACAGGUGGAGAUAACUAAGUAUGAAGCAGAGAUUGCAUACUUUGAGGGACGAUCGCGAGAAGAUGAAUCUCGGUUGGCAUACGUCACGGCAGAGAUAGAGAGGCAGGAGAAGUUAGCACAACAGAUUGACCAAGAGGUGAAUCAUCUACAACAACUGGAGCAGGAGGCUGAGGGAGUGAGACAGGCAGAGGAUAAAGUUAAAGCUGAAAUCAGUGCAUUACAGGCUCAGUUGGCUCAUUGUGAGAACCAGCUGUCAGCUCACAAUGAGACCGUCAGGUCAGCUCAGGAUUUAGAGAAGAGUAUGAGCGAGGAGAAGCAGAGAAGCCACGAAGAAGCUAAAGCUCAACAAGAAGCCAUAGUCCGUGAGAUUGAGAAACUGCAGACGGCUAUUGCCCAGGCUAAUGCACAGGCUGAACAUGCCCAGCUCACAUCACAGCAGCUUCUUCAAGAGAUGGCAGAAUCAGAGAAGGCAAUAUCAGAGAAGAAAAAGGAGGUGGAAAAACUGGUGAUGGAGAUGAAAGACGCCAACCUGGAGUCCCUGUCCAUAACACCGUCAGAGGAGAUACGCACCCUGUUGGAGGGUAAGACAGGAGCAUCAAAACCUGGCAGCAGUCGUCGCAUGAUAGGAUCUCCGAGACAACUAGAAAACGCCGUGCCCACAUCCAAGAAUCCUCACGGUGUUUGGGUGUAAAUAUAUUUAGUCCGUUGAUAAUCAUAUCACACGAACACAACUGAUUUUCUCAAAUACUAGAAUUUUUUCAUGUUUGAUAUAUCAUUUUUAUCCGUAGGCUUUGGAUGUGUCCAUAUAAAGAUUAUGUGUUUACCGUUUGAGUUAAUGCUUUAUAGUAAACAGAGAUCACAGGACACAGCAGAGGAGUGAUCUUAUGGUGCUCAUGAUGUCAUCCAACUGGUUAAGCUGACCAUCAUUUACGGUCUUACCGGCAUCAUCUACGAUUUUUGGCAGUGGACUGACCGAGUGCUUUCCCUGGAAUAUAGUAUAUACAGUAGGUACUUAUAGUAAGGCUCAGUGUUGUAGCCUUCUAAGAAGUCGAUGGCAUUUUUUCUUUAUAUUUAAUUCAUAAUUGAUAUGAUAGUACGUACAUGUUUAAUGAAGUGUAGUAAAUUUGGUGCUGAGCAAAGUAACAGGGUUAAUUCUGACAGCAGCUGGUGUAGUGAUGUACUCGUUGUGUGACUCACUGCUAGAUAUUAGUGCAUCAUUCACACACACGAGUACCUUUCUUACGGGAAAUUUGGUGAAUGAAAACACUGAAUUUUUUAAAUACUGUUUUAGAGUUUUUCAGGUUAUUUUAUAAUGUAAUGCAAAUGAAUUUUCAGUAUUUAAGUUUUUAGUGAGAUUAACUUGUGUCAGUUGAUGAGGACACUAGUUAGCUUAAGUUUUGGUUAUGUAACUUGCAUCUGAAUUCUUCUCCAUUGGUUAGAAGGAAAAAUUCUCAACAUUAAUGUAUAAUUGGUUGUUUUCCUCUUCUCGGAUGACCAGUAAACUUGAUGUUGUAUUCAGUGUUGUCGAGGAUUCAGGUGUGUAGUGACCCAAGUAUUGAUUUUUGGAACAUAAGGUGCAUCAUUUGCUUAGUAAUUUUAUAAAAUGAAUCGCACUGCAAGGCUGGCACCUUUCUGGCUCUAGUCAUUCUUUCAUCACAGUGUUUAUAUUAGUAGCUGUCACGCUCCCUCUCUCAUGAGUGUCACGCCUGACUACGUACAGAAUUCUUACAUGUGUGAAGGUUUAUGUUGGCUUAAUAAUGAUAAAAAUGAUAGUAGCUGAUGUCCCUAGAAACUAUUGCAUUGUCACAUUUUUGGUUUAUUAAUGCUGAACUAUAAUAGUUUGCCACACUUUUUGUUGAGAAAAUGUGUCCAGUGUUGAGUUCCUUAAUAGAAAUUCUCAGUUUUGUUUUCCUUCGUGGGAUCCCAAUCAGUAAUAUUUGAGGCGAAAUGAAAAAUGAGAAUUAGUACGGACGUUUAGUGUCAGGUAUGAACUGCCCUGCAAGGUGUUUACUUUAAGACUAGAGAUUGAUAAAGUUAAGACACCGUGUUUACAUUGUUGCCUUAUUGUUGAAAGUUCAAUGACAUUUAUUAUCCAUUUAUUAAUGAUAAUAGUUGUCAUCAAAGCACUAUUCCCUAUUUGAGUUUUAAGAAGUGCAUGAAAUAUUUUAUCUAUAAAGUACACAUUCAAGUAUUUUUAUAUGAAGAAAAGCUAAACUGAUCCAGUCAAGGUUAAUAUACAGUAAGUAAAACUACCAAGUCUUAUAAUCAGGUAGUUAUAU